ACCGCCGCCUACCCAUGAAAACACCAGGCUCACUGAGGAGUCCUGCCACACUACGGUGAUAACCCGAGCAAUUAYUCGAGUCCUUCAGCAUUCCCCCGGUGAGGUUUUUAUUUCACAGAAGUGUCAAGAAGGUAGCUGAUCAUCUGAUAGUUAUUGAGAGUUCCAGAGUCUGUCUGUUUGGCCAGUCAUACUGUGGACCUAACCCUGAGAUUCCCUCCUGCCUUCCUUCUCUGUUUUGAUAUCAAGAGGAGCCUGGACUCGCUCUGGAUGAAAGACGCAACAUGUAUCAACAUUGGAGACAUCUCUUUGCUGCCUAAUAGACGGCCAGUCCUCUUGUAAUUCUUGCCCUCUUGUUUGAGGCCCCUCCCAAUCCUCCACAUUUGCCGCUGACCAAGAUGAAGAGGGUAGAGAAUUGGUCACCAAAAGAUGUUUCUGACUGGCUGAACAAAGAGGGGAUGCCAGAGUACACAGAAGCCCUCCAAAACCUAGACGGCCCAGCUCUGCUCAGACUCAGCAAGGUCGAUUUUCAGAUGCAGUCCCUGUCAUUGUGGUCRUCCGAUGGUGGAGAGCAACUGCUGCAACGAAGGGAYGCRCUUCGGAUCGCAAACCAGAUCGAGGCUCAGAAAAAUGGUCACGCCAAUGGACAUGUUGUGGGGAUACCCAAUGGAACUAGUAAGCCCCAGAGGAACGGCACAUUGGAGGGGAAGGGCUUCAAAGGGGARAUGAUUCGCAUUUCGAUGCCYACGAUGGAAACGACACGCUGCUCCUUCCCGACAGAGUGGGGGAAGACAGGCAUAGCAUUCAGCUAUGCUAUAGUUUGUUUUGUCACCACGACCGUUGUCAUUUCAGUGGUCCAUGAAAGAGUUCCUUCUAAAGAACAUACUCCCCCACUGCCUGACAAGUUCUUCGACCUGUUUGACAGAGUGGAGUGGGCCUUCUCUAUCUGUGAGAUAAACGGCAUGCUGCUAGUGGGACUCUGGUUGAUACAGUGGCUUCUACUGAAGCACAGGUCAAUUAUAGGAAGGAGAUUCUUUUUCAUCGUUGGAACACUCUAUUUGUAUCGGUGUAUUACAAUGUACAUCACCACKCUUCCAGUUCCUGGGAUGCACUUUAAAUGUUCUCCAAAGCUUCUUGGGAACUGGGAGGCACAGAUGAGAAGAAUAAUGAAAAUGAUCGCUGGUGGAGGUUUAUCCAUCACAGGAUCUCACACCAUGUGUGGGGAUUAUCUUUACAGUGGCCACACUGUGAUGUUAACGCUCACUUUCCUCUUCAUCAAAGAGUACUCCCCCAAGCGGUUUUGGUGGUACCACUGGUUGUGCUGGACCUUGAGUGCAGUUGGAAUUUUCUGCAUCCUUUUGGCCCAUGACCACUAUACGGUGGAUGUGGUUGUGGCUUACUUUAUCACUACACGUCUCUUCUGGUGGUAUCACACAAUGGCCAACCAGCAGUCGCUGAAGGAGUCUUCACAGAGUAACCCGUUCUCCCGGGUUUGGUGGUAUAGACUGUUCCAGUUCUUUGAGGAGAACGUGCACGGCACAGUCCCUCGAAGCUAUCAGUUGCCGUUUUCAUGGCGAACGUUGCACUGGAACCGCAGCGUGAUGUACAGCAGACUGGACAUUCAGUGACCCCCCCCCCCGACAGGGCGAAGCGGGCGAGGACUGUGACUUAAACAAGUGCUAUUUUAAUUCAUAGAGGACAGCUUUGUUGGCUGUAGCACUGUCCUCUUCACCUGUACUAACAGACACAUGUCCAAAUGAGUAGCACUGUGACCGCCAAGAACAUUCAGUUYUUUCUUCAUCCAUUUGGUAUUUUUUGUAAAUUAAUUUAUUUGUUUUCAUUUUAGCUUCAUAGGUCACAUACAGCAAAGCUAAAGCGUUUCAUCCAUCUUCUAAAAUUAUUAUUAUYAUUUGUCAGAAUGCUAAUCCUCAUCACAGAAGUGUCAAUGUUUUCAUGUCUCUAGAUUUUUAGUGCAGUUAGGAUCAAGCAGAUAAUCAUUUAAAAAAAUGACAAUGCCAUAACCAUUUUUUUUCUCUUUUAUAGUAACUUUUGAUAAACUCUCCUUGCUAAAAUGAAACAAAGGUGCAGAGAUAAUAUUUUUUCUAAAUAUCUCAAACUUUAUUUUUCAAACACGAAGGAUCUCCAACGAAAACAGAUUUUUGCAAUUUUUAUCUUUUUCAAGAUAGAUAACGGAGAGCAUAGGAAUCUCAAAUGGUAUAUAAUUAAUGCAGUGCCUUUCUUCGCUUGAUUGUGGAACCGUUCGAAUAAAAGCCGUUUCGUGUCUCGGUGUUGUGGAACCGCGCUGUGCCGCAGCACGGUCACAGUCUCGCUCCUAUGAAUGUAUGAAACAACAACGCUAGCCUUACCAGAAGAUUGGUCUUCCCCCAAACGUACAGUGAGUGAAACGUCGUGUCAAACGAUGCUUUAGGGCAUCAGUUUGUGCUUGCUGUUUUAACAGAAAGAUGACUGUUAAUUGUACUUUUGUGUUCACAACAUUUCAUUUAUCCCAGUCAGUCUUAAAGCUGCACCAGCCAUGUUUUAAAGCCAGGUCACCAACAUUUUCGUGGCUGCUAAUUGUCCCUCCUCCCUCAGUUAAAGUUAUCUGAAAUCAUCACUUCUCAAGUGGAUAAGGAACCUCCUUAUUGGCUGAUCUCAAAACCUUAGAGAUGCGUAAAAAAUGGGCUUAAAAAAGGAAAAGCUUCCAAAGUAAAGUUCCUGCUUUGUUUAUUUUCUCCUUGUGAUUCAGCUCCUAUCUACAUUUGAAGAUGGAAAACUCAAACUGCAACAUUAAAUGUAUUUUCACUCUUGAAGCAGCAGCAGUUUGAUGCUUGUUAGUAGGAAUAAGCUUAAUGCGCUCGUGCACAGAGCAGAUUAUCUAUUUAACCAUAAAUGUUUAGGAAAAAAAUAUAUAUAUUUUUAUGAAUGUGAAAAUGCGUCUGUAUUUUUCCUAAAGUUCAAUCAUUUGUAUUUUUGUUUUCUUCAUUUCAUUUUACUGACUGAACCAUGUGGAGUAUUACACUAGUUUUGUGUAGAGGGAGGAAAAAAGAUAAUGUCAUUUCAAGCUGAAUUCGGUGUCUAUURAAGAAAUGCACUAAUGUUUAGGUGAUACACAUUUCAUAUAGGACUAUUAAUAAUGUGAUAAACUUCUUUAAGCUGGUAAAAAUGAGAAAAUGAUAUGUUUUAAAAGUGAACCUGUGAAGCUAAUGAUGUCUUAAUAUUUGAGACAAUAAAGGAAAGCUUCACACUUGUCAUAGCUUUUAUUUUUUAUUUWUUUUUUUACUUUUAUUGAGAAUACCUUUUUUAUUAACCUUUUAAGAACAUAGGUUCCUCAAAUUUGGCCAUGAUUCUAUUCAAUAUAGCUCCUGUUUAAUUAAUUUAGCUUCAAAGCUUGAAUUAGCAUGAAUGUUGUCCGUUUAGUUUGCCAAUGUUUUAUUCCUUUUUUAAACGUGUUUGUCCCUUUAAAAAAAAAAAAGAGAAGAGAAAUAUCAAGUUGGUCUUUUUUAUUGUUUUUCUGUGAAGUAUUUACCAACUUUAUUUCCCUUUUGUGUCUUAGAGAGAUGUUUGUAAGAUGUACUAAAGGAAUCUCCUCUGAAUGUUUUUGAAUAAAACAUUUUACAACGA